AUGCCCUUUGUCGCGAAUACGCCCGAGUCGCUCGUGGCGCGCAACGACUCAAAGAAUCCCUCCACAACAUGCCGAGGCAUCACCACGAGCGGCCGCCCAUGUCGACGCCCCAUCACGGCCGCACCCGUCGACCCAGCCCAGACGCUGCUGCCUCGACCCCGCCGGGCUAAGAUCAGACACGAUGACCCCCGCGACGAGACGUUGUAUUGCUGGCAGCACAGAGACCAGGCGGCCAUGUCAGCACACUCGAGUCCCGGCCCGCGGGGCAACGCCACACCGAUCCUCGAGGAGCGAACCAGCGUUGACACGCUCGCCGACAGAUUGGGGCUCGUGGAGCUCGAGCAAAGAAAGCAAGCGAAGAAGAAGCCGAGACCAGGACGACACGAUGGCAGCACGAGGCCCUCUCACAGCCACAGCAACGGCUACGCCAAACCUCCGCCGGCCGCCACGGCCAUGAGCCGGCCGAAACCGAAAAAAGAGCUGCACUUUUGCUUCUGCUUCCGGAUCCCACUCGACGAGGUCCACGACGAGCCACCGGCGAGACCACAGCCGAAGCCAAUUCAGCAGGGCUACGUCUCGACACCGCGACCUUCCAAGCACAAUGGCGCUUCGUCGAGUGCCUCGCGACCCACCAACCUCUCGACGCAGUCUCCCGGCAAACUCUCGACCAAGUCCUCCAAAUCCCAGACGGGACAGUAUCUGUCGCUCAUUCCAGAUCACACCGAUCCGCAGACGGCGUCGGCGCUGAUGGCGGAACUCGCACGCCCGUACGUUGAUUCGGAGGAAGCAGGAUACAUAUACAUGUUCUGGAUGACGCCCACGACCGACAAGUCGCCGCCGCCAGUAGACGCAGCUAGGUCGCUUCUCGCGCCACCCUCUGCAGCAGCAGCCGGCCGCCAGCGCCGCGCAAGCGAUGUCGUCUCGUCGUAUGCGCGGUCGACGUCCUCGAACCGACAAGACAAGAAGACGAUGCUCCUCAAGAUUGGCCGCGCAGCCAACGUCCAGCGCCGUAUGCAGCAGUGGUCGCGGCAGUGCGGGUACGAGGUCGAGGUUAUCCGGUACUACCCGUACCUGCCGGGAGCGAGUGAGGCGUCGGGCCAGUCGCCGCGGAUGGCGCCGCAUUGCCAUCGCGUCGAAAGGCUGGUGCACAUUGAGCUGGCUGGACUAGGACUCAAGGCGGUCCGCGGAAGUUGCGACACGUGUGGACGAGAUCACAGGGAGUGGUUCGAGAUCGAGGCAACGCGAGAGGGCGUCAGGAGAGUUGAUGAGGUGAUACGGCGGUGGGUUGAGUGGGACGAGACACAGCCGUGA